UGCUGCUGCAUGCCAUGACUUGUUAAUUUAGCAUAUCCUUUAGGGCAUAUCCACGCAUAUUCUACUCAACAAUCCUCUCACAAUUUGCUUCCACCACCUCUUCAACGAUCAAAUCUAACGUCGACAACCUUACUUUUGCAGAGUUCUUGAUCUUAUCUUCUCACCAUGUCUGACUUCAAUCCAGUUCAGAGAAGAAAUCCCCAAGAUGAUUCUUGAUCGGAAGGAGAUGGAGAACGCUCGCAGGUUUCAGGAACUGAUCGAUGCUCUCGACGAGGAGCGUCGAAAGGUGGAAGUCUUCCACCGCGAGCUGCCGCUAUGUCUGCAUCUCAUCAACCAAACGAUCGAGAGCUACAGGCAGCAGCUGAUGGUUAGAGAUCUCACUCUAAGCCAUGAGCUCGCAGAAAAGGAAUGGAUCUCCUUGAGACCCAGUUCCAUGUCUUCAGAAGUCUCGGGGAGUAAGCAGCAGCAUCCAUGGCCCAGAAUGGCGACGAAGAGCUGGGGAGACUCCCAGUCUUCCGACAAAGAAGAGGAUGCAGCUGCACCGAUCACUGGACCUGCCGGUGGAGAAGGUGACGACAAUGGUGGCACAGACGGGGAGAAGAAGGAGAAGUUUCGGCAUAGACGACGAAAGAUGAGGCGAUAUUGGACAGAAGAUCUCCAUGAACGGUUCUUGCAUGCACUGGAGCAGCUCGGUGGCUGCCAUGCUGCAACACCGAAACAAAUCAGGAAACUGAUGGAGGUGGAUGAACUCACCGGCGAUGAGAUCAAGAGCCACCUGCAGAAAUUUCGGAUUCAGUCGAGAAGAACAAGCAGCAUGCAUGACAGCAGCAGCAACACCUCGUCUGCCGACUUUGUGGUGGUGAGGGGCAUAUGGAUUCCAACUCCGGAAUAUUCCUCGAUCUGCAUGGCAGCAGAUGAAGCUGCAGCACACCCUGGUCAAGUCGCCGACACGCCGGAAACCGAAAAGUUUGCUCCUGUUGCUAACGAGCAAGAAACCAAGUAGCCCUUCCGCAGGAGUUUUGCAUUCGAGACGAUGACUGCUAGCAGCAAUGCAUGCACUACGUUCUCCUCAAACGCAUUGAUAAGUACUGAGAUGUGUGACAGUGUUGGUUUGCUCAACCUAAUAUUCUUCUCAUUUCAUCUUCCUUCUCUUUUUGUAGUGCUCGAUUUGACACACUGAACUGACUUGGUGUUUAUGGUUGCCAUGAUUCGUAUCAAUGUAUUUACUGGAAAAUUCACAUAAAAGCUUAAAUAGACAGAUAAUAUUUCCAGCAUUCGAUCUGUAGCAAUGCAACUACCAAAUUUUCAAUUAUUAUUAUUAUUUUACAUGAAACUUUAUUUAAAAUCUGAGAAUAUAUGGUAAAAAAAGCUUCUCUAUGCAAUGAAAUCGGAUCGGGUUUUGAUUAU